CUAGUACUGAUCAUCAUCAUCAACAUCAUGGGUGUUCCUCAAUCUCCAACUCCUCCUCACCUUUAUCCACAAGCACUUCAACUAAAGCUUUAUCAGGCCUUCAUAUUCUCAAUUCCUAUCCUCUUCUCCAUCAUUCUCUUUCUCUUGUUUUACUUGUUUUAUCUUAAAAGAAGGGCUUCCAACAGUACUAGUAUUUCUUUCCCUCCACUCCCACGUCCAAGAAGAUCUCAUCAAACUACUACAUAUGUUUCCUCGCCUUGUCAGUUUGAUUUGAAGGUGGAGCUCAAAGAUGAGCUUCCGAUAGUUUUAUUUGAUGAGGAAUUGAGGAAAAGGGAUUCUCAAUGCUGUGUUUGCUUGGGAGAGUUUGUGGUGAAAGAGGAGUUGCUCCAAGUCCCAUCAUGCAAACACAUUUUCCACAUAGACUGCAUACAUCUUUGGCUGCACACAAACACAACUUGCCCACUUUGUAGAUGCUCAGUCCUUCCCGCUGCACCCAAACUCGACGUUCACCCUUAUCCGAUGCCCCCGCCGCCUAGCAUCAUCUCCGAGCCACCCGCACCGUCAGGUAGUGGUACCAGGUUAUCUCAGUUGUCCAAUCAUUCCGACAUUGAGAGUACGAUGCCGAUUUCCGAGCCAGGAUCAGUUGUUAUCUAUGUCCAAACACAUGCACAUGAGGCAAAUUGACAUGUUUUUUGUGUUUUUUUUUUGGAAUAAUUGAGAAGGCAUUAAUUUCUUUGCUGCAUGAAUGCCUGUACGAAAUGAGUAUUAGACAACAUCUUUUCUUGCUACAAUUUUC